AUCAGGCAUUUUAUUGGUUCCUUUUCAAAAUGAAAAUAAAAAUACAACAACAAAAUAUAAAUGUUUUCUACACCUACAGCAAAAGUGAAUCAAUUAAAUAUUUCAUUCAUAAAUUGUAUUCGGGUACAUUUGAAUUAUAAAUAAACACUUGUGUGGCUAAAACAUAUUCACAAAACAAAACGGGCUUAAUUAAGUUUCCACAUCCGUAAUAUUUCCAAUUACUAGUGACAUUGAUAUAAUGCCACAUUACAGUAUCUCCCAGAAAAUUGUGCUCAUGUAUAAAAACACCUAUAUCUAAUGAAAUAGAAAUAUUAUGGUGCCAGUGUGCACCUACAGAAGCACUCAGUCUUUUUAAUGGGCAUGCAGAGUCCAUUUGUUCAUAUAUAAGCUACACUAACAGAUUAAUGGGAAAAAAAACAUCACACAGUGCAUUGAAGUUUAUUAGAGUGUUGUUUCCUGCACAAGGGACACUCACCAGUAGUGCCUACAAUUGACCAUAUAACAGCGAUAGCAGGAUAAAUUAAGAUAUCUUUCACUGAUAACCAUCAGCACGUAUGUUGUUUACUUUAGUGGUGACACUUUUUCCACCACUAUGCACUCAAGGACAUAUGAGUAGAAUCAGUCUGAUGUUCUAUGAAACUGCACUGCACGGAAUUGACAUGCACAGCCUACAGCUCAUGUGUAUGAACAAGUGGCACAUUGUAAAGAAGGACUCUGGAAUGCUUUGAGGAUCAUAACAAGGUGUGGACUUUGCCUCUCACUGAAAUCCAAUCUGGAAUCGGAGGAACAUUCUAGGAAAACAGAGCCGAUCCACAGAAGGUCUUCGCUCGCGUCUCUGUGCCAGAUACCAACUGACACUUGGAGGGGUCUUCAGGCGUACGUGCUUUGACAUGUCAGAGAAGUUCUGGCUGCACCGGUGAGUGUGGAGGGAGGUUUGGAGUUUUUUAAUGAUGUGCCUGGUGAGUACAUACACUCUCCAGCACAAUUACCAGCAGCACACUGUGCUAUUCAAGACAGUUUCCUUUUUAUGUCCACUGAAGAGAGAGGGUGUUAUGUUCACAUAACCACAACCCUAAACGGUCAAUUCGCUUGACGGCUAUAAUAACACACCAUAAUGGAUGUGACCUGAGUAACGCUUGCUUAAAGCAAUAAGAGUGCUGAGGCAAUAUUUAAUUUUUUUUAUGUAAUCUUUUACCAUUAAUCGGUUCAUCAUUAUCAGCUGAUUAAUCUGUCACAUUUUUUUCUGCCAAAUAUUAGCCUCAAAAAUAAUUAUUGGUUUCGCCCAAGUUAAAUGUCAACAUUUAAACCUCGCAUUUUAGUUCUGCCUUAAUGUAUUUAUAAAACAAAGGUUAGAUAUCUUUGAUAAUGUCCCUGGUCGUCAUGAUCUUCAAAUGUGCAAUGUCGCUUGCCCGUCACUAGAGAGCGCCAGCACAAAGGCCCGGGUGCUGGCUCAGGGAGCAACUUGAAAGAGGCCACUCACUACCGUUAGCCUCUUUAGCUACACACCACAAGCUACUAGCUAGCCCGGCGGCUAAUGAGCGAUCCAAAACAUCAGUUAAUUUUAAUGCCGCCUGCCCCCUUCGAGCCAUGGCAGGAACACAGUUUUCACAGGCGGAAUGCGAAUUGUAUUACCUCAUUGCCAGAUUUCUGCAAUCUGGACCUUGUCAAAAAUCAGCCAAGAUUCUGGUCGAAGAGCUGGAGGAGUAUGAGUUGAUCCCACAACGAUGGACUUGGGACGGAAAUAAAUAUAAACGGACCUUCCAAGAUUGGAUGAUUUUGAAUGAGCACAUUCCUGCAGACUAUCUACUCCGUGUUUGUAAGCGGAUAGGCCCACUCAUAGAGAAGGAGAUCCCACCAAGUGUUCCUGGUGUCCAAACGCUUCUGGGCCUGGGAAGACAGUCUUUGCUUCGUACCACCAAAAGUUGUAGUCACAAAGUAUGCAGUGGCUCAUCUGUUGCUGCGCUUCACAGAGGACGUCCACCAGAACCCCCAGUCAACAAUGGAUAUUCCACCAAUGUUGUAUCCACCAUGGGUGCUCGGCAAACCACUGGCACAGUUCGUUUUGGACAGGUGCUGCCAUCUUUCACUCACCAACACAUGAGGAUACACAAACGUAUCUUGGGCCACCUAUCUGCAGUCUACUGCGUAGCCUUUGAUCGUACCGGUCGACGAAUUUUUACAGGUUCCGAUGACUGCCUUGUGAAAAUCUGGGCGACAGAUGAUGGCCGGCUCCUGGUAACGCUUCGUGGCCACGCAGCUGAGAUCUGCGAUAUGGCCGUCAACUACGAGAACUCUCUCCUUGCCUCGGCAAGCUGUGACAAAAUCAUUAGAGUGUGGUGCUUGCGAACCUGUGCGCCAGUCACUGUGCUGCAAGCGCACGCUGCCUCAAUCACGUCGAUUCAGUUCUGCCCUUCAGCCAGGGGUGCGACGCGCUUCCUGUCCUCUACAGGUGCUGAUGGCAUGGUGUGUUUCUGGAAGUGGCACUCCGUCAGCAUGAAAUUUGAUGAGCAGCCAGUUAAAUUUGUCGAGCGGUCACGUCCAGGGGUGCAGGUCUCUAGUUCUUCCUUCAGUGGUGGUGGAAUGUUCAUGGCUACGGGUGGAAGCGAUCACAUGGUCAGGGUUUACUACCUUGGUGCUGAGACCCCCAUGAAAGUCUCGGAGUUGGACGCUCACACGGAUAAAGUUGUGGUAGUCCAGUUUUGCAAUAAUGGUGACAGCCUCAGGUUCGUGAGUGGAAGUCGUGAUGGCACAGCAAGGAUUUGGCAUUACCAACAACAAGAGUGGAAGAGCAUCGCUUUAGAUAUGGCUGCCAAGCUUCCAGGGAGCUCUGUCAUCAAUGGAGAUGACAAAACCAAGCUGAUUGUGACCAUGGUAGCUUGGGACCGCGCUGAUCACACCGUCAUCACAGCGGUGUCAAACUAUCAUCUUAAAGUGUGGAAUGCAACUUCCGGAGAGCUGCUUCAUGUUUUAUGUGGUCAUGACGAUGAGGUGUUUGUACUGGAGGCACAUCCAUUUGACUCGCGCAUCAUGUUGUCAGCCGGCCACGAUGGCAAUGUUUACAUUUGGGACUUGAGCAAGGGAUUGAAGAUUCGCAAUUUCUUCAACAUGAUUGAAGGUCAAGGUCAUGGGGCUAUUUAUGACUGCAAGUUCUCAUCUGAUGGUCAGAAUUUUGCCUGCACUGACUCGCAUGGCCAUUUGCUUAUCUUUGGCUUCGGUUGCAGCACACCGUAUGAGAAGAUUCCUGACCAGAUGUUCUUCCACACGGAUUACCGGCCUCUUAUCCGAGACGCAAACAACUACGUCCUGGAUGAGCAGACGCAGCAAGCCCCCCACCUUAUGCCUCCACCUUUCCUAGUGGAUGUCGACGGAAAUCCACACCCUACGUGCUAUCAGCGCCUGGUACCGGGAAGAGAAAACUGCAAGGACGAUCAGCUAAUACCUCAACUUGGAUACAUGACUAACAAUGAAGGCGAAUUGGUCGAGCAAGUUCUUGGCCAGCAAAAUGCCGAUAAUGGAGAAAACAUUCUGGAUAACCUCAUCAGGCAGAUGCAGAACCAGCAGGAUGAUCAUCAGAAUGCAGAACCCCAGGCCGAUGAAACCGAAGGUGAUGAUGUGGAGGUGGUAGACUCUUCUCCAGAUGUGGGUGCUCGCAGGAGUGGGCAGGUGGACGGCGUGUGGCAAAUGCAGCAUAAUGCCUUGCGCAGUCAAGUGGCCACCGAGAGAGACUUGUUGGCCUGGAGCCGCAGAGUCGUGGUCAAUGAAUUGCCACAAGGAAUAUUUAUUGUUAUGGAGGAAAGCAGGCAAGCCAAGAGUGAACGGGAAUGUUUUCUAUACAAUGCGGAAAGGAGAAAGAAAGCAAUGACAUGUCCGCCCAAGACAGAGCCCCUAAACACACGCUUGCGCUCCUUACGGCCGACCAAGAAAAAACAGCAGCGGCAUACUUAUGAAACACGCUCAGCUCAAGUACGCCGUCCACGGAACCGGGGCGGUCCCUUACGUACUUCUGACAGCCCUGCGGACUCUGACAGUGAAAAAGAACAGGGAGCAGAGCAUGGAGAGGCCAGCAGUGUGUCAUCUGAAAGUGAAGCACAGUGGCAGAGUGAGAGCAGCUCCAGUGAUUCCUCCAGUGAGUACUCUGAUUGGACUGCCGAUGCUGGGAUUAACCUCCAGCCCCCUAAGCGAUCAACCAGGAGGCUCCUCCACCCCUCGGGUUACAGCAGCUCCGAGGAGGAGGAGGAAGGUAAUGAGAAUGCAAAGGAGGAAAAGAAAAGGGAAAGCAACGAGAAGAAGAAAAAACCCAAAGAGACCAAACAGAAACCCCCAACCUCUCUGGGAGGACUUGAUGCAUUGGCGUGGAUGCCACCCUCAUGGAUCAUGGAGACCAUCCCACAUCGCUCACCAUUUGUUCCGCAAAUGGGAGAUGAGCUCAUCUACUUCAAACAGGGCCACCAGGCCUAUGUUCGGGCGGUCCGUAGGGCCAAAGCCUACAGUAUCAACCCUCAGAAACAACCAUGGAACAAACUCCAACUCCGGGACCAGGAAUCUGUGAAGGUUGUCGGAAUUAAAUAUGAAGUGGGACCGCCGACUCUCUGCUGCCUCAAACUGGCUUUCUUAGACCCAGUCUCAGGAAAGAUGACGAAUGACUCAUUCUCCCUAAAAUACCACGACAUGCCUGAUGUCAUAGAUUUCCUUGUACUACAGCAGUUCUACAAUGAGGCCAAAGAUCACAACUGGCAACCAGGCAUGAGAUUCCGCAGCAUCAUCGAUGACGCUUGGUGGUUUGGCUUGGUGGAGGACCAGGAGCCUUUGCAGUUGGAUUAUCCAGACAGCCUGUUUCAGUGUUUUGCAGUCAAGUGGGACAAUGGUGAGCAGGAGAAAUUGAGUCCUUGGGACAUGGAACCUAUUCCCGAGGGAGCUUUAUUACCCGACCAGGUGGGUGGCGGCGUGGAGGUGGCAGAGGAGGAGCUCGAAGCGCUGCUUUACAAGCCUCAGGAAGGAGAGUGGGGGGCGCAUACACGAGAUGAAGAGUGCAACAGAAUCAUCCAUGGCAUUAAUCAGCUGCUUACACUUGAUGUAGCUAAGCCCUUUGCUUCGCCUGUAAACCUUGAAGAGUACCCUCUGUACUGCACUGUGGUGGCCUACCCCACGGACUUCAGCACAAUCCACAAACGCCUGGAGAACCAUUUCUACAGGCGGAUCUCUGCUCUAAUGUGGGAGGUACGCUACAUUGAACACAACGCCCGCACGUUCAACGAACCCCAGAGCCCAAUUGUCGCUGCGGCCAAAGUGGUGACAGACGUUCUUCUCCACUUCAUCGGAGACCAAAGCUGUACAGAUAUUUUGAACCUUUAUCAUAGGCUGAAAUCUGAGCUCAGCAGUGGAGAAGAUGAGACAAGAGAGGUGGAUGUGGACUCAGACACUCCGGGGACAUCUUCAGGACAUUGGGAAAGUAACUCAAACAAGCGCGGGGUGGUCUUGGACGUCGGAGCAUGGCGAGGCCAAUGUCGAGAGCUGCUGCGUAAAAUGAUCUCCUCCCACGAUUCUCAGCCGUUCAGGCAACCGGUUGAUCUCUUUGAGUAUCCGGACUAUCGAGACAUCAUUGACACACCCAUGGAUCUGGGUACUGUGUCAGAGACGCUGAUCGCCGGCAAUUAUGAGAACCCAAUGGAGUUCGCCAAAGAUGUCCGCCUCAUUUUUAGCAACUCCAAAGCGUACACACCAAACAAGAAAUCCCAGAUCUACACAAUGACACUCAGCUUGUCGGCCUUUUUUGAAAAGAGCAUCAUCUCCAUCAUCUCUGAUCACAAGUCAGCCAUUCAGAAUGAACGGCGGGCUCGUCAAAGAGAGACUUAUAGGAAUCAGUUGCACAACGGAGGUAGCUCGCCAACUAUGAGCUCUAAAAAGAAGCACAAGUCCGAUACGGCGUCACACUCCAAAAAAUCCAAGACCUCAAUGAAGAAUGACUCUCAGAGACCACAUAGAGCUCAACAAAGCAGAAAUGUAGCACAGCAAGAAGAAGAGGAGCAGGAGGAGGAGGAUUGCGAUGUUCAGCCUUCCUCUCCAAGUUCAGGGACAAGCAGCGACAACGGAAACCAACAGCUGCACCGAACCAAGCGCAACCAAGCAACUCCGACCAGGAAGUCAGGACUCCAGCUGCAGCCGAGACGUGUCUCCAAGCCGCAGCAUGGCACGGCCGUAGCUCAGACUGACGACGAGUCCAACAGUUCCUCGUCCGAGUCGUCUUCCACGUCGUCGUCGCCGUCGUCUUCCUCCUCCUCCUCUUCAUCCGACAGUGAGAGCAGCUCGGACUGCGAGGCGGAGAACUACGUGGAAGGCGGCGAUCACGACUACAGCAAAGCACCCAGCCUGUCGCUACGGAUCUCUUUGAAGGACAAGACGGUCACCUCAGGGAAGCGGAAAUUUAAAGCAGGAGAGGACAUAAUGAAGGGUGCUAAGAAAGCACGGGUGCAGCAGCUUGUUGAGGUUGAAGAGGAGGAGGAAGAAGAAGAGGAGGAGGAGGAGGAAGAAGAGGAAGAGGAGGAGGAGGAAGAAGAAGAAGAAGAGGAGAAGGAAGAAGAGGAAGACGAGGAGGAGGAGGCGGAGGGGCAACAGCAGCAGCAAAUAGUAGAAAAUAUAAGUCAUGGGGUACAGGAAGAAGAGGAGGAGCUGGAAGAGGAGGAAGCAGAUGAAGAGGGGGAAGAUGAUAGCACGUCAACAACAGCGUCGUUUGAAGCCGCUGCCAAAGGCUCAGCAAGCAGCUCGUACAACAAGCCUCAUCAGGUGAACACUCGCCGGCAAGGCCGCAGGACAGUCACGUACCGGGACGAGUCGGAAGACGACGCUCAAAGCUCCAAGGAUGACGACCCCCUCAACCUGGGCAGGUCGCGUUCGGGACGGGUGCGCCGCAUGACUGAGAAAGCUCGCGUCAGCCAACUCAUGGGCUGGGGCCACUGAACCUCAAUAACACUAGCAACUACACUGCAGGGAUUUCUUUUCCUUUCUUUUUUGUACAGGUGUGUAAAUAAUAAAUAUAUAUGUAUAAAUAACGGACGAUGUUUGUGGGGGGAGGGGGUUUCUCACUUUUUACGACGGUGCUACAAUAUGUCGCCAUGGGGUUUUUGUCACCCCGGCCAAUCGCUGCUGGUCAUCUUGGCCCUUCUCCUUACCUGGGACUCAUCACCUCGGCCUUACCACUCUUCAUCUCCUCCUCAUCACGCCUUCAAUACUAGUCCUCCCUGCUGCUUGUCUCGUCACUGGCCACCAAAGAAAGAAAGGAAGCAGGGAUGUGAAAACAUGGUGCUCGUUUCUUCCCAGUCCCUCUUGCCGUCUGGAUAACCUUUUAACUAGCUGGUUGUUUUUCCUCGACCUUUCAUGAAACCAGAGAGAAUGAUUCAGUCAUCCAGCUGCCUCACGAUUUCCGCAAACUGUACAUAAGACGUCUUCCCUUGCUUCCCUUUAAUGACAUUGUGUUUUUUUUUGUUUUUUUUUGGUUUGUUUUUAAUAUGCAUCUUAUUGUUCCUGGAUAGAUGCCGUUAUGAAGGCUGACUUUGUAUCCCAACCAUCUUUCACGGUGAUAGUUUUUGAUUCUAUUUGACUUUGGUUGCUGUGUCAUGCAUUGAGGAACAUGACAUAUUUUGCACAUUUUGUCUUCUCCAUGUGGCAGCUUAGCAAUGAUAAUAAUAGAGAAAGGUAAUAGGUUGAAAAUUGUGUACAAAUUGCUUGAGCACCCUAUUUCUCAUCUUUUGGAUAUGUAGCUAAUAACUAGUUCUUAUUUGUCUAACUGGAUUUGCAAUGUGUCCACUGUUUACGUUGUGCCAUCAUGAGGUGGGAAAUCAAAUCAGACAACUCUGAACAAGUUUUUUUUUUUUCCUUUUACGGACAACAUAAUUGGAUGCUGUAAGCAGACGCAUUAAUCCGUGUGAACAAAAUGAUUAUCUUUAACAUCUGAUCUCUUAAGCAUCAAAACAGUCAAUGUGUAUCAUUCUACCGUGGGUGGAAAAAAAAAACUUUGUGAAUUUUUUUUUUUUUAUAUAUACACAUUGUUCAAUUUUUUUCUAAUUAAAGUGAAAAACAUAUUACAAUG